UGCACGAAGAAAUAUAUUGUGAAGAAUUACUUCUACUACUACCUCUUCAGGUUUUCAGCUGCUUUGGGUGAAGAAAUUUUUUAUAUCACUUUCCUUCCAUUUACCUGCUGGAAUAUCAAUCACUGUGUGUCUAGGAGGAUGAUAAUUGUUUGGUCUGUUGUUAUGUACAUAGGUCAAGUCUCUAAGGACAUCCUGAAAUGGCCUCGUCCUCAUUCGCCACCUGUUGUGAAGCUGGAAGUGAAAGCAGAUGCAGAAUAUGGAAUGCCAUCCACCCAUGCCAUGGCAGCUACAGCCAUCUCAUUCACAUUUUUUAUUGUGACUGUAAACCAAUAUAAGUACCCAUUUGAACUAGGACUAAUAGCAGCAUUUGUAUUUUCUACCUUAGUGGGUCUCAGCAGAAUUUACACUGGAAUGCACACUGUGUUGGAUGUGAUUGGCGGAACUCUGAUAUCAGCAGUGUUACUUGCACUCUCAUAUCCUGCGUGGGACCUCAUAGACCACUUUCUAUUAACUAGUCCAUUUUGCCCUAUAUUUUCCAUAGCUGUGCCCCUCCUUUUAUGUUACAACUAUCCAAAAUUAGACUAUUACAGCCCUACCAGAGGAGACACAACCACUAUCUUAGGAGCUGGAGCUGGAGCUAUCAUAGGAUUCUGGUUAACUAACCAGUAUGCACCAUUGAACUCUUCCAGCGAAACUUUUCAACUCAGCUUUCCUCCAAUCUCCAGUAAAAGGCUGAUGGUCAUGCUGGCAAGGUUCUUAGUUGGGGUCUUUGUUCUUUUGAUCACACGUCAAUUCAUCAGGAGGCUGGCCCUCAGUAUGCUAUACUACUGGUACAAAGUUUCCACCAGUGAUGAAGAAGCCAGAAAACGACUGGAAAUUGAAGUACCCUACAAAUUUAUAACUUAUUCUUCGGUUGGUUUCUGUGCUACCAUGAUUGUGCCAGUACUGCAUGGGCUUUUAGAACUAAUUUAAGUGAUGUGCAUUUUUUGAAAUAAUAUAUGGCAACAUCCACUUUAGACAUGCAAAAAAACUGCAGGCUGAACACUUGACCAAGCAGUUUUUUGUGCCUUUCUCCACUGGCCUAAAAUGCCUAUUCCAGAAGAUCCUAGGAAAUCACCAUAUGUAAAUAACUUAGGGUUGGAAAUUCCUAGCUCUUGGGUGCUCCAGGCAAACACCUGUGAUUCAGAAAAUGUAUGAAAAUAAGUACAGAGUACAACAAUAAGAACUGAUGUUUAUAUGACUGCUGUUUACCUUCAGAAAAAUUCAGUGUUUAACCAGUGGUCACUUGUACUAGAAUGCCUGUCCAUGUGGCCAGAUUAAAUCUGUCCUUUACUUCCCCAGGGCCAACAUUUUGGAAUGGUCAUGAAGGUGAUACUCACACACCUGGAAGUUUGGGAUCUUUUAAAUUUCUUGUACUUCCAAACCAGGGAUUCAGCCUGUGUGGUCUCUGUCAGAGGCAGUUGUGAGGUCUUGAGGGUCACCCAGGAGAAUGAAUAGAAACAGCUCUGCACGAGCUCGGAAUUCAGAUUGGUGGAAGUAGUGAUACACUUUGCUGGUUGUCUUUUUAAAGUUGUGUGUGUGUGUGGUGUGUUGUUAGGUGGAAAGUAGGGCGAUUCAGUCAGGGAUGAUCCUGCCUUGAACAGGGCGUUGAACUAAAUGACCUCAUGGGGUGUGUCCAGAUGUGCAUGGAUGUUUGGUUCCCUGGGGACAACUAGCAGUGGCACACCUUGCUCUGCAGCUACUUGUCCUCGGGGAACACCCGUUCCAUGAGUGCUUUGUUGUGUCGCAGGUUACCCCGGGGUCAGUAGGGGAGGCUGGGGCUGGCCCCAGAAGCCUUAGCUGGGGUUCUGGGGCUGCAGCCACAGCAAUCCUGCUGGGUGGAGCCUGCUUGGCAGCUGCUGUGUCGCUCAGGGCAGCCCAGCUCUGUUUUUCAGCAGCAUGCGCUGCCUGAGCAUGCACUGUUUUGUUUUUUCCACAGUGUUUUUUGACCCCUGGAUAUCCAAGGGUCAAAAGACCUGCAGCGGGGGGGAAAAAGGAGCCGUGCAUGCUUGGGCAGUGUGGAAAACACAGGACUGUGCAAUAUGUGGAGCUGCAAAUGUGUUUGCGGCACCACAUACCACACAGCUGCACUUGUCUGGACGCACCCAUGAUGUCUUUUCCAGCCCUACUUUCCUGUGACGUUUAAGAUGGCCUCAGCUGUGGAGAACAGGCUGCCAGCCUUGCUUUAAUGAUUUACUCAAAAAGCUCAGUAUUAAGAUCUCCCCAGAGACUGGGGAGAAAGACCAAGAGAGACCUUAGGUAGUUAAGAAUGACCAGAAAAGCACAAACCUGGCCAAGUAUGGAGGCAGCCUUAACCAAAACCCGCCCCCAAACCCAACACUUUUCAAAGCUGUAGGGCCUGAUCAAGGGGUACUUAAGAACUGUCACUGAUUUCAGCAAGGGUGUUCUGCUGACUAAGAUGGCAGACUCUCAGGAGAGAUGCUCCUGGAUAUUAAUAUGCACCAAAACCUUGAGCUCGUGUGAGGGCACGUAUGCAUGUGCCUUAUCCUUAGACUGGUCUUUAUUAUUAGAAGUUGAAUCUGAUGAAGGUUUUUAUACUUGCUACUUGAUGUACUGCCUUCUGAGUGCACAGGCAGACUUCACUUGUAAUUCUCUACAUGUAGGACUUGCUUUUCCUGUUGGAAUUCUUCAGAAAAUUACCUUUAUUCCUUUAAGUUUUACGCCAGAUAUGUCACGCCUAUUUCUGCAAAUUUAAUGGGAGAGUGUACUAAUAGUAGUGGGAUCAUGGGGUUGGUUCUCCUGAAUUAUAAUCCCAGCUCUGACAUGGAUUUCCUGUCUGGCCUUGGGCAAGUCAUUUACUCCCUGUAAAAGUAGGACAAUGGUUUUCACCUAGCUACCCUAUGGAGCUGCUGUCAUAAUUAAUUAGUGGUCUUAAAUAACAUUUUAAAGACUGUUUGGGAUUGGUGUUCAAGUGACUAAGAAAUAUAUUGAUAUGCCAUAAUUUUCUGGUGAUUUGUUUUCUAUGCAUCUUGCAAUAAUUCAUGUAAUCCCAGAGAAUAGAUCAGAACUGUAUUAAUAGAUAAGAAUUGCUGCUAUGACUCUGAUUUUCAGGUAACUAAAAAAUUAUUAGCAAUUGGGCCAAUGAGUUGCUAGCAAGUGCAGCUAUGAGUAUGGCUCCAUAAAUUUAAAAAAAAAAUCAAUGAGCAAUGCUUAAUUUUUCCCCUAUGGUAAUUAUGCCAGCCUAUACAUUGUACUGUUGCAAUGAUAGCUAAAGGCGUAGUCAAAAAGCCUUUUCCUAGGGAGCUUACACUAAAAGGAUUCAUCACCGUUUCCUGUUGUCCAGUGCUUUUUAACAUUUAGGUGUGUUGGAGCUCUUUUGUUAUGAAAAUGCUAAUUUAUUCUUCUGUAAAAAGAAUGUAUUUGACCAGAGUUAAGUAUGAAAAUAUAAGUGAGCAGCAUUGCCACUUGGUUGAUGAUUUUUAUAAUUGUGUUCACAUAGUUUGGUUGUAGGCUUUGCCCAGAUAUCCAGCAGAAGAGUCUUGCUUUAAAAAUGGUUAAUGACUAUAUAUGAGGAGGCAAGCUGGAGUUUUAAACGGUACACAGUUUUUUUUGGAAUAGUAAAGGCUGUGGUUCAGCUUAAUGUUAAUUAAGGUGCAUGUAUAUCGCAUUUACAUGUCUUAACUGCAUUCUAAAUUAUGGGAUGCAUGCACACUUUAAACAUACUGUAAUAGCACAAGAAGUGCUGUGGUAAAUACCUUCUUAAAACCCUUUCCAGUAGGGGUGCUUUCUGAUAUACGGCUCUACAAAAGCAGAAGCUCUGAAGCCCUGUGGAGGCGUCAGUUCAUAUUGUAGCAGAGGGGCUAAAACUGGGAAAGGUAAUACUAAGAGGAGGAUUUCUUAGCCACUGAAUCAGCUCUACUCAAAACAUGGCUUGAAAUUUGGCUGGGACUUGCAUGCAGUUUUACUAAUUAAAUUGUUCUACUGAUUCACAGUCAUUUUGUAUUCAUUUCCCCCUCAGGCUGUCAACAGGUUUUACACCCCCCCCCACCCCCCCCACCUUAUGUGCCUGGAUUUAUAAAAUACAUUCAUAAAAUUUCUGUCUGUCUUAGUACUCAACUUUGGGACAUGCAAUACAUGCAAACUAUUUGGUUCAACCUAGAAAAUAAAUACAUUUCCAAAAGCCUGGUAUAUUAGUUUGUCCACCUUGUAGUCUGCCUGGAGUCUUUUACUAUUCUUUGUAAUUGAUUGGUACAUCAAGGGUGUGCCUUGCAUUUUGAAUUGUGGUGUAUGUACUGCCUCUUCAUUAAAUCUAGAAUAUCCCAGUUUAGCCCUAUGAUAGUCACAGAAAAUGUAGCAUAUCAUAAUAACAUAACUUUACUGAGAUUUGGUAUGCAUGCUUGUGAUUUUUCUUAAAUCACACUAGCUAAUACUAUUUUUAAAUACCGCUUAGAGCCUAGCCUAAUGCUUGUGGAGUUUAACAUUUCUAAAAUCAGGUCAUUGCCAAAGUAGAUGAACAUUAAUUUGUAAAUGAGCUUCAUUUCAAUUCUGGUUUAUGGAUAAGAAGAGUGGCAAUAAUUACAAGCAUUUCUUAGGAUCAGAAUUUGUACUAUGCAUAUUGCCCAGAGAAGACUACCAAAUAACCUCAAGCAAAUGUCUUCUUCCUCAAUCUAGGUGCAAUUUCCUCAUGAACAGUUGCUGGGGGCAGUCAUUCAAAAGUAUUCUGCUUCCAUUGAUUUUCCUGUGUCUCCGUGAGGCUUGUUGCAGUGAUUGGUCCAAGUAUCAAGCCAUCUUCUUCUGUAAAUGAUUUCAAGUCAAUUCUAAUCCCAUUUGAUAUUCCUGUGUGCUUAUACGGCAUUGAGUCAAAACAGCAAAGCUGUUUUUUCAUGUUGGCUAUUUUAUUUAAAAUAUUAAUUUUGGAAGGAAAUGUGUGAUUUCUCCCACAUGCUUACCGUAAUCAGCAUUUCACAUGGUUAGGUAGGAGUGUGUUUGACCUAUCAGGAAGGAAGUAUCUUUAGAGCCUCUCUGUCUAGUCAGCAUACUGCUGUUUCUCUUUCCUUGGACAGCUGGUGAUUGCAGGUGAUACCCUAGACUGACGUCUGCUCUCACUGAUUCAGAUCCAUGUGGGAGUCAGUCAGCAACGGAAUAGUAUCAAAUGGGUGUUGUUUGACAUACCUAAACUAGUUAAGAUGCAGAUCUCUGUCUGCAGCUGGUGCUAUUUGCCUUAAUUAUUUUAAAGGCAGGGUAGAUUUGCACCUUAUAGACUAACUAAAGUAGAUGUAUAUACAGCACAAGCUUUUAUGGGCUGAAGCUCACUUCAUCAGAUGCUGUGCUUCAUUACCUUGUUGCUAAUCUCUCUCCAAAGUUGGUACCAACUCUGCCCUAGCUUCCUCUGAGUGUAUAAAUACUCUUUCCUUCUUCCUACUAUACGCAUUCUUCUGAGCAAGUAACAUAUUGUUAAAUGACAAGGAUCAUUAAUGGUAAAUGGGAAUUGCAGCUGAGCAACCUUAUUCUGGGAGAGCUGAUAUAAUAGUACAAUUAUACUUCAAACCUGUGUGUGAAAGUAUUUGUCUAUCAGCUGCUGCAUUCUUUCUCAAAGACAGUGUGCAUAAAGCUAAUUUAUCUGAUUAUGUCUAGCUCAACUAUGUUGGUUAAUCUGAUGCACUGAAACACUGUCAUGGUCUUACCAGUCUCUUUUCAAAGCAUUAUCCGCUCCUAAUGUCCUGUGUAAAUGAUACAGCUGAGGGCAUCAGUCAAACUUCCAUAGGUUUUAAUGGCAAUGGGACACUUCGAGAGGGUCACAGAGCUUAUUCUUCCUCUCAGCAGUCAAGAUCAACUCAGGGUCUACAGCAUCCCUAUGGUAAGUGGAGUUUUGUAAGUUAUGUAAAUGGAUUUUGUGCCUUGGAAAAUGCCUUUUCAACUAACUUGACAGAUUUUUGUUCUCUUCUAUAUGUAUUGUAUUCUGUAAUAUAAAUGGUAUUUCUAGGGGCACUUUUGAUCAUAAAAAUGAUGAUAUACCUAUAUGCUCUAUACUGGCAGUAGCUGGGAUAGAAGUUACUGAACAAAUGAACAUACUAUAUCACAGCAUAGUGAUUAUUACCUAGAAAGAGAAGUAGGAAGAAACUUCUUUACAUAAUAUAGUAUGCAACUUGUUCCAGCAGAAUGUUACAUGUGUCUAAAUAGUUGUCUGCUCUCCUUUUUUUCACUUUUCUAUGAUAACUCACAAAAACCCAAGCCUCCUGCUCUCUCCCCAAUCUUGACAUGGAAUCAGUAAGUUUCACAUUUGCUUUUUUUCCUUUUUUAGUAAAGUGACUGUGGUCCCCUACUGCUUUGUGGGACAGAGUAAGGAGAAAGAGAAGUAAAUCUCCUGGCUGCAUGCUGGUAUGGACCCUUCUGUUUAAACAAAGUCAAAGUGAAGAAAUGCAACAUAUGUAUAAACACUAGGUAAAAUUUCAGAAACCAGUCAGAAGGAAGGAGAAUAACCAGAUACUGGGAGCUGUUGUAGUUGCAUCAGUUUGCCUGAAACAAAAAUCCAGGCUAAUUCUCCUGAGCUAUCCAUUGCUACAGUCAAAAAUGCAGCACUUGCUGUGCAUGGUGUGUGAAGCAUGUACAGUGAGUAAAUAUGCAGAAAUGACCCAAGAAAAUCAAAUCGCUGACCAUCAUGGGGAAAAAAAACAAACAAAGUAAAGCUGUGCUGGUUGCUUGUUGAUCCAAAUUCAGCAUCAUGCAAGGUCACAGAACUCUUCCCCUGCUCAUCCUGUUUGUGUUCUCUCCCCAAGAUCAACUCUCUUGGGAUAAAAGCUAUAUCAUGGCACUGGGAGGUCGGAGGUUGCCACACUUAAUGCUGUAAUGUGCACUGAAGUACUUUGGCUGUGUCAGUUUGAACUUUGAAUUUUCUGUUGUGCCUCUUCAGUACUGUAAAACUAAACGUGUUUCCCACCCACAAGCAGAAAUUGCCAGGGAAAAACAUUAAUGUGGACAUUGUUAUGCAUCAAAACCACUAACCAGUACCUGUAAUUUUAAGUCAACUUCUAGUACCACCUUGUUUUAUGUAGCACCUGUCACCAGGAGAGCUCAGGGGGUAAGUGCCUCAGAGCCAAAAUGUGGGUUUUUUAUCUUGUUUUACGUACCAUUGAACCAAGCCAUUUCACACCAGUCAUCAUCGUCAAGUAGGUAAAUAGGAGUAAGACUGACACUGACUCUCUUGGCAAGCAAUUCUCCAGGUUUAUCCCAAUUCUGCUGUGCUCCAGAAGCUAGGUAAACAUAACUUGAAACUCCAAUUGACUUGGACUGCAGCUUUAGGGAACCAGCAACUCUGAAAAGCCGCCCCUUAAAUUUCUAGUGCCUCGAUUCCACCCUAUGCAAAGAGGGAAUAUUUCCCUGUCACAGGCAAUUACUGAAUAAUACCACCGCUUGGGAGGCACUUGAAUACUGCAGUGACACACAGCCUGAGAGAGAGAAAUAAUUGGCCCCUUGUGCUUGCACCUGCAUUUGGCCAAAAUGGAAAGCUUUAGUAGCAGCCUAACCAGGCCUUUGCCCUUAGUGAAUGCUAAGCUCAAAGAAUAAUUGGGAGACCCAGAAUCUGAAAACCGUAUGCAUAUAAUUAUAUUUAGUGCAUAUAAGUAUGCCUGUACUAUGCUGAAAUGCAAGUCUCCCUUAUUGUUGUUCUAAUCCCCAUGUAUAACACACUAAUAAACAGAGUUUUUUAAUACUUACCAUCUGUGUAAAAGAUUGCUUCCCACACUACAGGCUUGCUUGGUUACAGUUGUAUAGGCACUGGAGAGAGAAUAUACCAGGCAACUGUCAAGGCGUGAUAAUCCCUUGAGGCCCAUAAAUUGCAAGCUGCAGUCUUCUCACUUUGUAUGUGCUUUGUAUGUAAUAUUGACCUUUGCAUUUCAUAUUUGUCAUACAGUGAUGAUUAAAAUCCCAGCUUCCAUCUGAUCGUAACCAUAGGGUUUGCAGCUAGGUAGCUGUAAUGUGUAAUAAAUUAACACUUGGCACUGCUGCCCUCCCACCUGUUUAAAAGCAAUGAAAGAUCUACUAUUUAGAAGACAUAAUAGUUCUACAGAAGGGGGUCUUGAAGGUGCACACAGAAUUAUGACUUGUCCUUAUUGCCACUUCAUCUGUCUCCUUCUCUCAUAAUUCAGCUCACAAUGCUGCUCUCCAUUAUAACUUGACUGUUCAACCUUAGACUUUCUUCAGGCUAUUACUACAUCUGGAAGGUGCCCUCCAAAAAUAAGUGUGCACUUUGGCACCAUCUAUAAAAUAUAACGGUAUUUCUAAGCAACAUUAGAAAUGUACCUUGAUUUUUUUUUAUUUAUUUUUUUUUUUAAUUAAAAAAAAAAAAAAAAAAAAAAAAAGGUCUCUUUCUGCAAG